GUUUCCGGUUCCAUGCGCGCCAAAAAAAAGUAAAAAGGAGAGAGACGCGCCGGGAAGUCGAGUGCGUGUUUUUUUCCUCAUCUUUCAUCAGGUGACUGAGUGGAGUGUCGCGUUUGACGGAGGCACAGCGGCUGCAAACAAAAAGAUCACACAUCCACUUUUCUAAAGAGUCGCCCUGCAAGCCACGGUGGAUUGCAUAUAAGGUACCGCACAUAAGCACUUGAGGAUGAGGAAGUGGGGAGACAGAAUGAAGAAGGUGGAGCAGCUCGCUCAGUCGUUCCAAACGAACCCUCUGACGACACGAUACAAACCUCGACUGUGGCCGUGCCAGCCCUCCUCCGUCUGGAAACUGUUCCCUCGACAAAACAUGGCAAUCAGCUUCGCGCAGAGCUGCAAAGAGGCUGUACAUGUUUUUGCACUUGAAAAAGAAAAGACAUCCUUGGGUCAGAGGGUUUACCUGGUUACAAGUUACAGUGAGCUGUGGCACUAUUACAGGACCUACACUCAGUCCUUGAUGCACUGCUAUGAGGUGAUACCAGAGUCUGCUGUGUGUAAGCUUUACUUUGACUUGGAGUUCCACAAGCCUUCAAACAAAGGGUCUGACGGGACAACUAUGGUGUCUUUGUUUAUCCAGUACGUCUGCGACCGGUUAAUGGAAGUGUACGGGAUCGAAUGCUCUGUGAAGAAUGUCCUCAAUCUUGACUCCAGCACGGAAGACAAAUUCAGUCGACAUCUUAUCUUCUGCCUCGAAAAAGCAGCUUUCAAAGACAACAUACACGUCGGUAGGUUCAUCCAUGCGAUCCUUCAGCCCGUCCUGAACAAAGCCAAACACUGUGCGGAUAAUGAGAAGAGUCCAGUGGCAGAAAACACUGAAACGAGUGGAAUGCGUCCUGUGUCUGAGGGGAAGUCGGCAAAGCCAGGCGGGAGCCCAGGGACAAAGAGGCGUAAGCUGGAAGAAAGAGACCUCAGCUUCCUCCAGGUGAAAAACAAGGACGGCCAAGACGCUCUGUUUGUUGAUCUCGGCGUCUACACAAAGAACAGAAAUUUUCGCCUUUACAAGUCUUCAAAAGUGGGCAAGAACGCUGCAUUCACUGUAGCCGAAGACAACCAGUUCGUUCCCAAACCUGAGAAGGGUAUGUCUGCAGAGGAGAGCGUGUUCUUGGCGUCCUUGGUGUGUAACGUGAGUUUCACAGGUCAGAGGAUUCUUACGUGGGACGUCCCGGACACAAAUGAACCCAAAACCUCGUCACUUCACUGCCAGCUGGGAUCAGCUUCAAACCCAGAUGCACUUUCUGGCUGCUUGACGUCUCCUCACCAAGAAGUGGACAGCUUCGUAUUGACGGUUGUCAGGAAGGACGGGAUACAAGGAAGUAUAAGACGAUGGAACUACUUUGCUGCGGACCAGCUCCUCGUCUAUGACAUCGCCAAAUACCGCUGGUGUGAAAACGCGGGCCGGUUUCAUAAAAGCAACAACAUCAUGAUUGUUGUGGAUUUCAAAGAGGAGAUGUGGUACCAGAAGUGCCACGAUCCUGACUGCAGGAGCUUCAGGUCCUCGAGUUACCCACUGCCACAAGAGAUCUGUAUCAGCUACAUCUUGACGCUGGACGAGGAGGACCAGGCGUACUUAAUGGACGACGCCGGCAACAUUGAACCCAGCCAGGCUCCAAGCCAGACCCCACAGAGCAGAGUGUGUGCAGAGGGGGACGAGGAGACUCCUGAUGGGUGGGGAGAUGAACCAGAUGACCAAGACUUUCUGGAGAGCCUGCAAGACUUUGAGCAAAACGGAGAGGAGAUCUCGGACCAGGCUCUGCUUUCAUGUGUGAGAGAGUUUGACUCCUAGCAGAGGAUGAGGGUUUGUGUUGUGCAGCAUCAAAGGUACUGGUAGCACUUGCGGCCUGUUUUUAUUCAGGGAUUAAUGUCAUUUGUAAGUAGGUAAAAGUUUUAGUAUUUUUUUUAUGAUGUGUGGACAUCUAAAACUACACAGAGGUGUAUAAACAGAAAAUGAAUAUGGCAAAACACUUUAAAUGUUAAAUUACUUUAACAAAAAAGUUUAAAUACAGGUUAAUAAAUGAUUAUUAUGACAAUAUAAGGUUUUCCGAUAUACAUAUUCAUGCAUUCUAUUAAAAAAAAAGAUUAAAUGUUUUGGAAGAAAAUAUUUAUUUGGUACAGGCAACAAAUACAGGUUCUAUAUUUUCUAUCGUAGCAUAAAACCGCACCUUUGCCCCUUUUCACAGGAGUCGUUAAAAAGCUAAUAUGGCUUCUUGUACAUGUCACGGAGCGCUUGAAAUGAGGAUGUCUCUGUCUCAACGUCGCUUUUGUAGAGCAGCUGAAAUGAAGACUGGUAAUUCUUUUUUUUUUUAUGGACCAUCAGUGAAGGACUUGGAACAACCUUCUUAGAAAGUAACCGUAACCCCAGUGUUUGUCUGAAAUGUACAACUGACUGGUGUGCAGUUAUAUCCAGCAACCCGUGGCACUGAAAUGUAAAAGGGCUUCUGAAUGGAGGCACUGUUUGUGUGUGUGUGUGUGUGUGUGUGUGUGUGUGUGUGCGUGUGUGCGCGUGCAGUGUAGCAACAAUCAGUAUUUUACAUGCAUUAACAAACGCAAACCACAAAAUCCUUCAAGCAACAUGAUUCCCAUUAGGCUGUUAAUUCAGCGCUGGAACAGGUUUGUAACGUCAGUCCUUCAGUCGGCAGCACUGAGAAACUUGGGAAUGCAGGGAAUUUAACUACCAGACAAGGUAUUGUCCAUAGAAAUAAACUUUUCCAGCAGAUCUACUAUUUACACAAGUACAAACCGACUUAAAUACAUCACCAAAACUUUAAAUAUCUUGGCAUAUAAAUAGCUAAUACUUGUCACUGUUGUAAAAGUAUUUUAUAGGAUUUCUUUUAAACUGAAAUGUUAAGCUUUGAUCUGAUCAUGAAGUAGGCAGAGUUAAAGGCAGUAACGGUAUCAGCAAGUCACAUUUGAGAUUUAACCCUUAUUCUUGGAAAUCAGUAACACGAUGUCAGAUAUUCUUCACCGGCAGGACUGUAGCAGUACAAUUUCUAACCAAAUCAGGGGCUGACGCAUACUCAAUCUGUUCAUUAUCCAGUUCAUCUUUUAAAAAAAACAAAAAAACAAAAAACAAAACAACCUCCACAUAAUUUAAAAAAAGAAAAGAAAUAAAGUGAAA